UCUUGUUCCUCUCAGCCAUUACACCUUGUCCCAAUACUUCCACACCGCAACAGCCCAGGACGCAUCAGACUUCUCUAUACCCUUGCCAACAUCCUGACGACCUUCGAUAGCACGGCCGUCUGAGCCACCACAUUCUUUUCUUUUCCCCACCUCAGCUGCCUGCCUGUUCUUGGCGCGUUGCCGCCCUCUGACACGACAUCCGCCCAAAGCGCUGAUUCGGCAGCCGCUUCCCCGCCAUGGCCUUCUUUGAGGAAGACAAUGGCGAAGUGAAGAAGCUCAAGAAGCAGAUCACAUCACAAGACCUCCGCAUCGGCCUCCUCGAGUCUGAGAAGACGGCCGCCCAACGGCAGGUCUCGGAACUCACAAACAAGCUAUCUACCCUGAGUACGAGUGCCGCUCAAGACUCCAGCAGGGCCACUCAAGCAGAGGCUGCUUUGAGCCGCCUGCAAUCAGACUUCAACCGGCAAAAUGUAGAGAAGAGCAAUUUGCAACAGGCGCUCGCCAAGGCUGAGGAGCGGUACAACCAGGAACUGAAGGGCCGCAAAUUCGAGGAGCAGAGGAGAGACUUGGCUUUAGACACGCAGCUGAGGCAAGAGAUGGAACAGAAGAAGAAGCUUGAAGACAAGGUCAAGAACCUCGAGUCGAGGCUAUCAGACAAGGAGGAGGAGGCCAGGCGGCGGGACCAGACACCACAGUCUGGCAGCCGCGGCAAUACCGAUGCGCUAGCUAAGACGGCCGCUCUGGAAGACGAGUUGGCACUACUCAAGGCUGAGAACAUUCGUCUCCGGUCUCCGUCCACCUCCGCUUUCGCCUCCUCUUCGACCAGCUUAGCCGGCUCAAAUGAUCAGACACCACAGCGUGGGCCUGCUCGACGAGGCCGGGCAUCCUCAGUAUCUGGAGCGUCUUCUUCAUCAGCAUCAACAGCACCAAACGCGUCGCGAGCCCAAGUGCAAGACCUGCAGAACCUCUACGAUGAAGCUCGCUCCGACCUUACGAGGCUCGAAGCUCGCGCUGCCAAGGCCGAGAAAGAGGCUCUCAAGGCCAGCAAUGAAGUCUUGGCCAAGGAAAGGCAAGGCGAAAAGAUCGCUGCCGACCUGCAGACACAGCUGAGAGAAUUGCAGGAAGACCUGAAGUGGAAGAAGGACGAAUGCGAUAGUCUGGCGAAAGAGGUCGAGGCGUGUGAGAAGAGGCUCGAUGCAGCAGAAAGGCGAGCCGAAGACCUCGAAGCUGCAAAGUCCCAGAUCGAACGUCAAUUGCAAGAGAGCAAGAAGGGUCAGGGCUCCGCAGGGGCGAGCUCACAACAAGAGCUCACCAGACUGAGAUCUCAGCUGUCACAAGCCUCAGAUCGCUGCGAGGGCCUUGAGCUGGAACUUUCCUCACUUCGUGAGCAAGUCGCGGGUACAGCUUUGUCGCACGACGAGAGUAUGAGCGCGCCUUCAAGCAGCAACGCAAAUGGACAACAGAGCGAGACACGAAUUCUUAGAGAACUUCGCCGAUCUCUCUCGCAAGUGACUGCCGAGCGCGAUACCUUGAAGAGAGAAGUUGGCGAUCUCGAGGACGAGAUUGAGCGCUUACAAGCGUCCCAGCCCACGCAAGACUCAGGCGAGGGGAUGCCAGAGCUCACAGCUGAGCUGCUGAAGCGUCAGAGUACCAUCGAGGAGCUCAGCAGGCAGCUCGCGUCGACCCGCACGCAACUACAACAAAGUAGCAAAGCCCUGCUGGUGGCGCAAGAAGCGGCCCAGUCUUCGCCGAACGACCAGGACGAAGGAACCUCUGAGCGAGUUGCUCAGCUUACUGAGGAGUACGCUGAACUCGACAAUUUCUGCAACGAACUCCAAGGCAGCGUUGCUGAGCUCGAGCGCAAGGUGUCCGGGCUUGACCGCGAGAGAAGUGACAUCGAGUCCGAACGCGAGCUUCUGCGCGGCGAGCUGGAGAAGUUAAAGCAGAACGGUGCCAAUUCGAGCAACGGAGAUGCGCAUGAAAGCAGUCCUCACCAAGCUGCGGUCGAUCUCGAAGAGCUUCGCUCAGAGCUGGAAGAUCUCAAGGCGGACUUGGCCGACAAAGAGACAGCGAUGGAGCAAGCUGACGCGCUCGCGGAAGAGGACACUCGACAGCUGCGGAUGAAGGAGGCAGAAGUCAUGCAUCUCACGGCCGAGCUCUCCAGGCUGAGGCAUCGGGCCAAAGAGGCCUCACUCGAGAUUGACGUUCUUCGCGCGUCAGCCAACUUCGAAGGCAGCGUCGAUGCGAGCCUGGAUCAAUUGCGCGCUCAACUAGACGCUCGAGACGAGCAACUUCAGGAGCUUCGGACUACUCUCAAGAGACGCGAAGAUGAGCUGGAUCUCGGUAAAAGACAACUCAAGCGAGUCACGGCGUUCAUGGCCAGUCGUGGAGCUGCUAUGGCUGCCGAUGCCGACGUCUCCCUUUCUACACCGGUGAAAAGGGGUAGUACCUAUCGCUCUGGAGUGAGCCUUGAUGUUGCCGCCACACCGAUUGCCGGCCUCUUCAAGUCAAAGCACUUCUUCGCCACCCCUGGAGGAAAGCAGCUGCAGCGUUCCUUCGAAGAAGACUUGCUGGAUCAAAUUGAACUCAUCAGAGAGUCUAUAGAGCAGGCAGAGGAGCAGCAACGCUUCGUCAAUGCCGAGCGAAGCGCAAAUGUACGCGCACUGCAGGCCGAGCUCGGCAAGAAGAGCACCGACGUCGAGCACCUCUCUGUCAAGUUGAGCGAAGCUGAGAAUCAGCUGUCGGAAGCCAUAGCAGAGCGAAAGCGUGAAGCCGAUGCUGAUCAAGCGGCUUUGAUUGCUGAGAAAGAUUUAGCCAUUCAACAGCACCAGGAUCGCAUCACACAGCUCGAGACUGAUCUGGCUCAGCUUCAGCAAGAGCUGAACCACGCGCAGAGUACCCUAUCGGAGACCGAAGCUCGUCUCGAGAGCACAUUCGCAUCGAACGAAACCUCAAAAGCCGAUCUGCAGUCGCAACUUGACGCCGCAAACGCCCGAGCGGCAGAUGUCGCUGAUCUGAUGCAACAGCUCCUCUUGAAGCGUCAAGAGCUCAUGGAGAUUGAGACUCAGCGACGCGCUGUCGAACAAGCAGAGAAGCUCGACGCCUCUCUCAAGGAGCAGGCUGAAGUACUCAAGAAUGUCAGAGCUGAAGCCGAAGAGGCGAAUGAGGCUCUGAAGGAGACGGCGCAACGCUUGCAGGAAGAAUUGGACAAGGUCGCAUCUCUUGAAGAGAGGAAUGCUGAGAUGUCCCGUGUUGAAGCUACCGCUGAGCCUGAGCAAGAAGAUCAUGCCACACUCCGACUCGAGCUUGCGCAGCAGGAAGCUCGCGUUGCAGAACUGCAGAGCGAGGUUGCUCAGAGGCAGAUCAGUCUGGAUGGAGCUCGCGUCACCUUGGCAGAGCGUGAGCAGACCCUCGCCGAACUUCAGUCCAACUACGACGACGUCGUGGCCGAGGCGGCGAUACUCAAGGCCAACAAUGCUUCGCGCAUGGAGUCUACCGGCGAGUCAAAUGAGCUGCAGUCUGCUCUCGCCCAGAUGCAGAAGGAGAGGCAAGAUCUCGAACAGCAGCUGACGACCCUGCGCUCGGCCCAGACUGACGAACGCAUCGAGGACAAGAACUGCAUUGCUCGCCUCGAGAGUCAAAUUGUCGAUGUCGAAGCUCGAGCUGAGGCUCUGAGGGAGGACAAGGACGCGGCUGUCCAGAGCAUGCAACGCUCCGAGGAACGUCUGGAUCAGGCUCGCAGCGAGGUUGAGGCUUUGACGGAGCGUCUAAGCCAGGCGGAGGCCGAAAAGGAUGCAAGAGUAGCAGAAUUGAGUGGACUCAGGGCUCAAACGUCGGUCGAAGCUGACGCUGAAGCUGUGCGAGCACUUGAAGAGCAAGUCGCUGCUUUGACUGAGCAGGCGGCCUCAGUAGAGGUAGCUCACGGUGAAGCCACUCAGCGGCUCGAGGCCGAGCUCUUGCAGGCACUCGACAGUGCCAAGAAAGCUCAAGAGGCUCGACACGAGCUUGAGUGUGCCUCUGAGGAACUUCGACUACAGACAGCGGAGGUUGUUAGACUCGGUGCGGUCAUCUCGGAGCUAGAAGCCACGCUUCACCGAAGAGGAGCUCGAGACCUUGAAGACAAAGCUUGAGCAAGCCGAGCACGGUCUGCAGGAGAGCGUAGGAGAGCUGAAGCGAGUAGAGGCACAGCUCAAGGGCGCUCAAUCUGAAGUCAGCCGACUCGAGA